AUGGUUUCUAAAAUGAUCAUUGAAAACUUCGAGGCACUCAAGUCCUGGCUCAGCAAGACUCUCGAGCCCAUCUGUGAUGCAGAUCCAUCAGCCCUAGCAAAAUAUGUUCUCGCUUUGGUAAAGAAAGAUAAAAGUGAAAAAGAGUUAAAGGCAUUAUGUAUUGAUCAACUGGAUGUAUUUCUUCAAAAAGAGACACAGAUAUUUGUGGAAAAACUUUUUGAUGCUGUGAAUACAAAGAGUUAUCUACCUCCUCCAGAGCAGCCAUCAUCAGGAAGCUUAAAGGUAGAAUUUUUUCAGCACCAAGAAAAAGAUAUAAAAAAAGAAGAGAUCACAAAGGAGGAAGAGCGAGAGAAGAAGUUUUCCAGAAGGCUAAAUCAUAGUCCUCCCCAGUCAAGUUCCCGAUACAGAGAAAAUAGAAGUCGUGAUGAGAGGAAAAAAGAUGAUCGUUCUCGCAAAAGAGAUUAUGAUCGAAACCCUCCUCGAAGAGAUUCAUACAGAGAUCGGUACAAUAGAAGACGAGGCCGAAGUCGCAGUUACAGCAGGAGUCGUAGUCGAAGUUGGAGUAAAGAGAGACUUCGUGACAGGGAUAGGGAUAGAAGUAGGACUAGAAGCAGAAGCAGAACACGAAGCCGGGAAAGGGAUCUAGUAAAACCUAAAUACGACCUGGAUAGAACAGAUCCACUAGAAAACAAUUAUACUCCAGUCUCUUCGGUACCCAAUAUAUCAUCUGGUCACUACCCUGUACCUACUUUGAGCAGCACUAUUACGGUAAUUGCUCCUACUCAUCAUGGUAAUAACACUACCGAAAGUUGGUCUGAAUUUCAUGAAGACCAAGUGGACCAUAACUCAUAUGUAAGACCACCCAUGCCAAAGAAACGGUGUAGAGACUAUGAUGAAAAAGGUUUCUGUAUGAGAGGAGACAUGUGCCCUUUUGACCACGGAAGUGACCCCGUAGUUGUAGAAGAUGUGAAUCUUCCUGGCAUGCUGCCUUUCCCAGCACAGCCUCCAGUUGUUGAAGGACCGCCUCCUCCUGGACUUCCCCCACCUCCACCAAUUCUUACACCCCCACCUGUGAAUCUGAGACCCCCAGUGCCACCACCAGGCCCAUUACCACCCAGCCUUCCACCUGUCACAGGACCACCACCUCCACUUCCUCCUUUGCAGCCAUCUGGCAUGGAUGCUCCCCCAAACUCUGCAACCAGUUCUGUUCCUACCGUAGUAACGACUGGCAUCCAUCACCAGCCUCCUCCUGCUCCACCCUCUCUUUUUACUGCAGUUUUUGUAUUACCAGAUACAUAUGACACAGACGGCUACAAUCCUGAAGCCCCCAGCAUAACAAACACUUCCAGACCUAUGUAUAGACACAGAGUGCACGCACAGAGGCCUAACUUGAUAGGACUGACAUCAGGGGAUAUGGAUUUGCCACCCAGAGAAAAGCCUCCUAAUAAAAGCAGUAUGAGGAUAGUAGUGGAUUCUGAAUCAAGGAAAAGAACCAUUGGUUCCGGGGAGCCUGGAGCGCCUACAAAGAAGACCUGGUUUGAUAAGCCAAAUUUUAAUAGAACAAACAGCCCAGGCUUCCAGAAAAAGGUUCAGUUUGGAAAUGAAAAUACCAAACUUGAACUUAGAAAAGUUCCUCCAGAAUUAAAUAAUAUCAGCAAACUUAAUGAACAUUUUAGUCGAUUUGGAACCUUGGUUAACUUACAGGUUGCUUAUAAUGGGGAUCCUGAAGGUGCCCUUAUCCAAUUUGCAACAUAUGAAGAAGCAAAGAAAGCAAUAUCAAGUACAGAAGCAGUACUAAACAAUCGCUUUAUUAAGGUUUAUUGGCACAGAGAAGGAAGUACCCAGCAGUUACAAACUACUUCUCCAAAGCCCUUAGUCCAGCAGCCCAUUUUGCCUGUUGUGAAGCAGUCAGUCAAAGAGCGGUUGGGUCCAGUACCUUCAAGUACUAUUGAACCGGCAGAAGCCCAGAGUGCCAGUUCAGACCUUCCUCAGAAUGUAACUAAAUUAUCUGUGAAGGACAGGUUGGGUUUUGUAUCAAAGCCAUCUGUUUCAGCAACUGAAAAGGUGUUGUCUACAUCUACUGGCCUAACUAAAACAGUAUAUAAUCCAGCUGCUUUGAAGGCUGCACAGAAAACCUUACUUGUUUCCACCUCUGCAGUUGAUAAUAAUGAAGCACAGAAAAAAAAACAGGAGGCACUGAAACUUCAGCAGGAUGUAAGGAAAAGGAAACAAGAAAUUUUAGAAAAGCACAUUGAAACACAGAAGAUGUUAAUUUCAAAACUAGAGAAAAACAAAGCAAUGAAGUCUGAAGAUAAAGCAGAAAUAAUGAAAACCUUAGAAGUUUUGACAAAAAAUAUUACCAAGUUGAAAGAUGAGGUCAAAGCUGCUUCUCCUGGACGUUGUCUUCCAAAGAGUAUAAAAACCAAGACUCAGAUGCAGAAAGAAUUGCUUGAUACGGAACUGGAUUUAUAUAAGAAGAUGCAAGCUGGAGAAGAAGUCACUGAACUUAGGAGAAAGUAUACAGAAUUACAGCUGGAAGCUGCAAAACGAGGGAUUCUUUCAUCUGGUCGGGGUAGAGGAAUUCACUCAAGAGGUCGAGGUGCAGCUCACGGCCGAGGCAGGGGUCGAGGUCGAGGUCGAGGUGUGCCUGGUCAUGCUGUGGUGGAUCAUCGUCCCAGGGCAUUGGAAAUUUCUGCAUUUACAGAGAGUGAUAGAGAAGAUCUUCUUCCUCAUUUUGCGCAAUAUGGUGAAAUUGAAGAUUGUCAGAUUGAUGACUCUUCACUUCAUGCAGUAAUUACAUUCAAGACAAGAGCAGAAGCUGAAGCAGCUGCAGUUCAUGGAGCUCGUUUCAAAGGGCAGGAUCUAAAACUGGCAUGGAAUAAACCAAUAACUAAUAUUUCAGCUGUUGAAACAGAAGAAGUUGAACCUGAUGAAGAGGAAUUUCAGGAAGAGUCUUUGGUGGAUGACUCAUUACUUCAAGAUGAUGAUGAAGAAGAAGAGGACAAUGAAUCUCGUUCUUGGAGAAGAUGA